AUGGCCUCUAUUGAAAAUUUAAAGUCUUUCGAUCCUUUUUUCGACACUGGUGACGACGAAUCUACUAUCAACCAUUACAUUCAUAUUCGUAUUCAACAAAGAAACGGCAGAAAGACUUUGACUACGGUACAAGGUGUUCCAGCAGAAUAUGACUUGAAAAGAAUUUUAAAAGUUUUGAAAAAAGAUUUUGCUUGCAAUGGUAACAUUGUCAAGGAUGAUGAGAUGGGUGAAAUUAUCCAAUUACAAGGUGAUCAACGUGCUAAAGUUUGCGAAUUUAUGAUCACUCAAUUGGGUAUUAAGAAGAAGAAUAUCAAGAUUCACGGUUUUUGA